AUUUCAAGUGUUAGUAGUACUCUAGAUUCCAUCGGUGGUAAAUUGGAAAUGUCGUUGUCGGAUCCAUAUGAAUGUCUAGCAAAUGAGAGUAAAAUUAUAGAAAAGCACACCGAACAAAGGCUGCAAAAUGAUCAUCGAAUGGAUAAUCUAAUUCUUUUAGUAUACGUAGUACUUCUUACUCUCUCUGCCAUAACAAUCUGGGCUUUUAAACAUAGACGCUUUCGAUAUAUCCACGAAACUGGCCUUUCAGUGGUGUAUGGGCUGGUCGUUGGUCUUAUAUUGAGAUAUGCUAUAAAUUCUGCAAGUUAUUCCGUAGAGUUGCACGUGUUUCCACGUAAAAAUGAUGAAGCGUGCGGUGGUCAUUUGCCUCCAGAAAGGCUGAUUAUUGAGUUUCCUGUUCGUGACCAGUACGGGAAGUUUAAUUUAAGCAUGUCAUUUCGGUACAAAUUUGAACAGCAGUCAGAUUUUAACUCUCUGAUUAACAAUAAGGCUACAUUCGACCCGGAAUUCUUUUUCAAUGUUUUACUUCCUCCUAUAAUUUUCUCAGCGGGAUAUAGCAUGAAGCGAGGUUACUUUUUCAAAAAUAUUGGAGCUGUUCUUACUUAUGCAUUUGGUGGUACUUUGUUGUCCGCUUUAGUUGUCGGAACCAUUUGUUAUGGCUUCACCCGUGGAAUUACUUCUUUGUCUCAAACAUUGCGUCUCUCAGAUUGCCUAUUGUUCGGGGCUAUAAUAUCUGCAACUGAUCCUGUGACCGUUUUGGCUAUUUUUAGUGACUUGAAGGUUGAUGUCAACUUGUAUGCACUUGUAUUUGGUGAGAGUGUUCUUAACGAUGCUUUAGCGAUUGCCCUAGCCCAGUCGAUCGAGAAAUAUGGAUCUAUUUCCGCUGGUAAUUUCGAUGGCCAUGCUUUCCUGUCUUCUGUGUUGAACUUUUUUAUAAUGUUUGGAGGUUCUUUCGUCACUGGCGUUUCUAUUGGCUGUGUAACAUCUCUUCUUACAAAAUUUACACACAUCAAGGAGCAUCCUCUACUGGAAACAGCUUUGUUCGUCCUAAUGUCUUAUAGCACGUUUCUUUUUGCUGAAGCUGUUGGGUUUACGGGUAUUGUUUCCGUGUUGUUCUGUGGUGUGACUCAAGCACACUACACUUAUAACAACCUAUCCCAGGAAUCUAAAGUAUGGACAAAAUCUUUUUUUGAACUCCUUAACUUCUUGUCGGAAAACUUUGUUUUCGCAUAUAUUGGUGUUUCAACGUUUACUUUCCCUCUUCAUUAUUGGAAUGCUCGAUUUGUUUUUAUCGCAUUGUUCUCAUGUGUAAUUGCUCGGGCAGUCAGCGUAUAUCCACUUACAGCCCUAAUCAACUUUUGUCGAACUUACCAGUGUUCCUGUUCUACGAACUGUUUGAAGCGAAAGUUUGAUUCCAAUUCUCAACUAUCCUUCUCUAGCGAUAAAAAUAAUGUGCCUGGAUCAUCAUUUCUUUCGAAUCCAAUUGAUUUUGGUAAUGUUGCAGUUACGCCAGCUGAUAAUAAUAAGAAAAAUAAAUCUAACAAAAUCACGUUAAAUUUUCAACAUAUGAUCUUUUUCUCAGGCCUUCGAGGUGCCAUGGCUUUUUCAUUAGCGAUCCGCAAUACAAGUUCUGAAAUACGUCGGAUGUUUUUUUCAACAAUUAUUGUAAUAGUUAUGACUACAGUGUUACUGGGAGGUUGUUUUGCCAUAUCUUUACUUCACAGAUUGCAGAUACCUGUUGGUGUGGAUUGCAACAGUAAAAACCAACCACAUACAGAUACGGAAGAAGAUUCGGUUGAUGAUCAUAGUUGUUGUAGUUCUCAUUGGAUGAGUUUCGAUAAAUUCUAUUUGAAGCCAUUACUUACACACAGCACUCCACCGCUGACCGAAUCAUUACCAUCAUGUUGUUAUAAAUUUGCUAAUUUACUUACAACUUCUGAACAACGAAGUGAGACAUUUGUCAGUAAUGACGGGAAUAAUAGUUACCAUAACAGUUUUAAACGUGAUAGUACUACUGUAUUUUAUUCCAAUGAAAAAGCAUCAAUCAGUUCUACGCUCAGUAUAAAUACUGUUAAAGUGCAACCUGUGGAAUGUGCACAACUUAUUCAACUAGACAGUGAUAACGAUGACACCAAUAUUAAUGAUAAUAGUAAUAAUCAGUAUAAGCUUGGUUAUGGAAAGGAUUUUCAUGAUCCACUUUAUUUCAAUGAAGUUAUGUGAAUAAAUAUACAAUGAAUUAUGAACAAUAACAGAAAAAAUCAACGUUGGCAAUUGGCAUCAUCAUCAUAUCUGGAAAAAGCACUUGUCAUUAAUGCAUUUUUUUUCCUUAAUCGUUGGUAUUUUUCUUACUCCCUCUCUCAUAAUCUGUUAGAUUUGAUUGUCCAUGACCGAAAAUUCCAUUUAUAUGUUUCCAUUUAUCUUUUAUAUAAAUAUGAGGAGACAUAUUAUAAUAAAGAGCACUGAUACUCAUUUGAUGAAGAAAGAUACACUGAACAGUAGAUGGGAAUUAUUUAUAAAUAAAUAAGCGUUUAGUUAUUUUUUGCGUGUGUGUGUUAACUUCAAACUAUCUAUCUUAUCACUUUUUGUCCUCUUUUUUUACCUUCCCUGUGUACAUUCUUUUAUUACGCACUAUUGUCCCAGAUGCAUCUAUCAGUAGAGAGAUAUUUAUUUUCUUUAAAAGUAAAACAGUAUACAUCUUUACAUCUAAUUGUUCUGUGAUUUAUUAAUUUCAUUCCAUAGAUUAAAAUUAAUUUCAUAGUUAAAAAGCAUCAUGUGUUACUUUCAUUUUAUUUUGUUUCAUGUUAUACUUGUAAAUUCUGUUAUUUAUGUUGUUACUAAAUCUCAUUUACUAAUAACUAAUUACACAUUGUAAUAUCCUUUUGAAAUAUUAUUUUUGUAUUUUUUGUCAGUCUGUUUAUAUUUGCUUGUUCACUCGUUCAACUACAUUGAAUCAUUACUAUUGGAAAUUUUAUUUAAUUUAAAUGUUUUUAAAAGCUUUAACAAGAAGGAUUAUAUUGUACUUUUUUUAGCUGAAUGUUCACAUAUAUAUGCAUGUUUCAUAUAUAUGUGUAUCAUAUACUAAUACUCUACUUGAAAUUUUAUGUAUUUACUUUAAUCAUGUCUAAAAGUAGAGUACAGAAAUGUCCGUCACUCAGUUAACGAGUUAUGUAUAAAUUCUUGAUAAACAACACAAAUUGAACUUUUAUUUAUACAAUGAGAAUUAAUUGUUUGAACAAGAAGAAAACAAAGUGAUGGUAUUCUGUUCGAUUAUCUCUUUAAGUAUGGUUCAUUAUUCACCUGAAUCGUGUUAUUCACUUAGGUGAAAUUCUAUUAUGAUUGAAGGAUUGAGCUUACAGCCAUUG